GUGCGUAGUGUUGAUUCAGUAGGACGUGUGACUUCGCCGGGAUCGGACGCGUUUUUCAGUGGAAAGUGCUUCUUGGGACACGCCGUGAGUGCAGCAAGUGAAGUCUUGAGUGAUUCUUUAUUCUUUGGUUUUUGGUAGGGCGCGAAGGUGCAAUGAUCAAGUGAUUUGCAUGUGGUUGCUUACUUAAUUCAGAGUAAGGCGCAGACGAUUACCUACACGGUAGUUUUGUACGGUGCAGCAGUAAAGGAAAAGGAGUGCAAUUUACUUUCACCUGUCUGGUGCGGAUUCGAAGUGACACUGAUCAACGGUUUUUUUUCUUUGGUUGAUUGCCUUGGCAGUGGAGUUAGUGUCGUUUGUGUGCAAAAUUCACGAUCUUGACUUGGAUCUGGGCUAAUUACAUAUUGUCGCGAUUCACGCACGCACGCACGGGUUCAACGUUCUUUCGCGGGUGUUUUCGGCCCAAGCUUCGUUUUCGUGAAUCUGUUUUGAGUGGCGUAAAGGGAAGUAACGUGAAAAAUGUGCAAUAAAAGUGCUGAUUUAUUUAUAAAAUAAGAAGAUCAAACUGUCAGUUACAUUUGGUGGGAGCUAGAACGCGCUGUUUUUGCUGUAGAUAUGGUGGGCUGACGCUGUUAUAAUUGAACGCUAGUACGCGUCGUGGUGUUCUAGUUUUACAAUUUUAGUUUUCAUCUCGCACGCUGUCCAUGCUGCUGCUGUUGCUGCUUGUGUCUGUGAAUCGCGUGCGGGUUUUCGCCUUUUCCUUCCAUUGAGGAACGAAAAUAACCUUGAGUGAGGCGCGAAGUGAACGAGAUUUUCAAGUUGAGACUGGACAUAUCGGCUAGUUUUCCUGCACGCCAUAGUGAUUCGCAAGGCGUUUCACUAAUCGGACUUGUUCUGGGCGGAGUCCACAGGCUGCAAGUCAGAACACCUAACUGAAACUGAUACAGCUCAACUGGCCUGGAGGCCAUCGGCCGUAUGUGCUUGUAUUUAACUAGCUGGGUAGUGCAAUGAGUGCUGCAAAAUCAAUUAAAAUUAUAUCAAAUCGAGUGAAAUUAAUUAUGUGUGAAGAAAAAUGUUCGAUGGAAAUUGUGCUGGCGGGUUGAUAUCAAUUAAAGCCACAUAAAAAUGUCGAGUUGUGGCAGGGCAAUAAACGCACAACGGAAAUAAUCAGUGAUUGACGCCGGUUGCCGAAGAAAAGGUCGCCGUUGGUAUGAAAUACACGAAAAAUGUGCGAUUGCCUUAAAAUGUUAAAUUUUGUGCUUGGCUCUGGAAGUGAUAGUGUCAAUAGUGAGGUUCGUCGAGUGUCAUUGCUUUGGGAGGUCAAACCUCGCCGCGGUUGGCUGUGCGAUAAGACGUAAAAAUUGUGAAAUAGUAUGAAGCUGGAAGGCAGUGUGUCACCGAAAGAAGCAGACGAGGAAGCUAGUUAUGAAGCAGAAGACAGGGAGCCGAAGAAAUACCAUCGGGCGGUUGUUGGAAGCGACAGGUGGCAUGGUCAACAGUGCAGCAAUAAUCAUAAGUGUAAACGACACCAUUCUCCCGGUGCUAGGUGUGAAUUAAUGUUCGUGGCAGUUGUGCUGAUAAUUUUAACCAGCUUCACGGUAAUGAUUGGCGGUGAUGUCUUUACCGUUGGGUAUCUUACUGGUUCACAGCGACGCCCGGGAGAUCGAGAAUAUGCAAGACCAGGGUUGCAGAUAUCGGGCGCAAUAACACUAGCCAUGGAGGAGGUGAACGAUAUCUACUUCAGUAGGCAUGGCCAUAAGCUCCAGUUCGAGGUAGCGGAAACCUAUGGCGAAGAGGUAACUAGUAUAAGGAAAACAGCUGAUCUCUGGACAAAAGAUGUGAUAGGCUAUAUAGGGCCACAGGAAACUUGUAUUCACGAGGGCAGAAUGGCGGCUGCCUUCAAUCUACCCAUGAUUUCUUAUUUUUGUACCCACAACGAAACGUCAAAUAAAAAGCAUUUUCCUACGUUUGCCAGAACCAGGCCCCCCGAUUUGCAGAUAUCAAAGUCGGUUGUAUCGCUACUGAUUGCUUACAACUGGACUCAGGUUACUUUCUUCUAUCGGACGUCGGAAAACUCUGAGUACGAUGCGGUGGCGGAAACGCUGAAAACAACGCUCAAGACCAACGGAGUUCGAAUCAGGUCGACACGCACCUGGAGUACAAUCUACCAUCAUGGCUAUUCACCAAAUCCUUUCGACCGACUGGUGGAGGAAACUUUUAUAGAUACUAGAAUCUACUUGGUGCUGGGUCACCACGAUGAACAUAUCGGCCUGUUGGUAAGCCUGAAGCGCAAAGGGUUAUUGACCGCUGGAGAGUACUUUGUCGUGGGUGUCGACCUUGAACAGUAUGAUGCCGCCUUGCCAAAGAAGUAUAUGCACGGACUGCUGCAGACUGCACCGGACCAAGAUGCUGUUCCGGCCCUACAACACUACCUCGGAGUCGUUCCGUCGGCUCCCGUCAAGUUUGAAGAAUUCGCUGUUAAGGUUAACAAAUACCUGGAGCGACCACCGUUCAACUACCGCAACCCAUUGGUUUACUUCGGAGGCGUUAAACAGAUUCGCGCGGAGGCAGCUUAUCUCUACGACGCGGUCCAUUUGUAUGCUAAUGCGCUGCUUCGAGUCCUGCUAGCCGGCGAGAGUCCGAAAAAUGGAACCGCAAUUAUCGAGGCCAUCAAGGGUCGAGCUUACUUGAGCGCAAUGGGUUACCUGAUACAUAUCGACGAGAACGGUGAUGCUACCGGGAAUUAUACUAUCUUAGCCAGAAAACCCAUCCCUUCAGCUACCUCGGAGAGAGAAUACGGACUGUUCCCAAUUGGACGUUUUAGCACCCCAAAUGCUGACACGAUUCCGUUCCAGGUACAGGACAUAAAACUAUUUGAUGCCAUCGAUUGGGUGGGAUAUGGGCCUCCCGUUGCCGAACCUUACUGCGGCUUCCAAGGCGAGAAGUGUAUUAGUUACACCGGUGAGAUUUCGGCUGCCAUUGCCGGUGGCGCCCUGCUCCUGCUGGGUGUCGUCUCCCUGGUGCUCUAUCGAAACUGGCGCUACGAACAGGAGCUGGACAGUCUGUUGUGGAAAGUGGACUUUAAAGACAUUGAAAUGCACGAAAAUGAGAAGGAAAAUGCCGGCCAAAAAAUGACGAGGAACACUCACCCUCUGAUCCGAACCAGCCAGGUUAGCUUGAGCUCCAACCCGGACACGGACUUCCGUUACACAACGAUUUUCACUCCGAUCGGAAUGUACAAGGGCCAACUGUACGCCAUCAAAAAGGUCCGCAAGAAGAGCAUCGAUAUCACCCGGGAGAUGAAGAAAGAGCUGAAAAUGCUUCGCGACAUGAGGCACGACAAUCUGAACGCAUUUAUUGGAGCCUGCACGGAUCCACCGAACAUUUGUAUCAUCACUGAAUACUGCACGAGAGGAAGUUUGAAGGAUGUACUGGAGAACGAGGAUGUCAAGCUGGACAACAUGUUCACGGCUUCGAUGGUUGCUGAUAUUCUGCGUGGGAUGAUCUAUCUACAUGACUCUCCGCUACGAUAUCACGGGUCUCUCCGUACAUCAAACUGUUUGAUUGAUUCUAGAUGGGUGGUGAAAUUAAGCGAUUUCGGUUUGUUCGGAUUCAAACAAGGUGCCGAUAUUCAGGAAGAGAAAGAGAAAGCCGAGAGCAAGUGCGAAAAACUUCUCUAUCGUGCCCCUGAGUUGCUACGAGCUGGACCAGUUUCCUGCGUUUCUGGAUCGCCAAAAGGAGACGUGUAUUCAUUCGGAAUUGUUUUGUAUGAAAUCUUUACCCGUAAGGGUCCAUUCGGUGAAAUCGAAUGUACCCCUGCUGAAUGUUUGAAGCGAGUUCUGCAUCCGCUGGACCCGAACAAUCCCUUUCGGCCAGCGAUUCAACCGUUGGAAACUUCUUUCGACUGUGUUCGGGAAUGUUUGAGAGAAUGUUGGUCAGAAAAGCCAGACGAUCGACCAGAUUUCAAAACUAUUAGAAAUAAGCUGCGGGUUCUACGGAAGGGUAUGAAGCCAAAUAUAUUCGAUAACAUGAUGGCAAUGAUGGAGAAAUAUGCAACCAAUCUUGAACAGUUGGUCGAUGAGCGAACGGAUCAGUUGCAGGAAGAGAAGAAAAAGACGGAAGCGCUAUUGCUGGAGAUGCUUCCAAGACCAGUGGCUGAACAACUGAAAAGAGGGCAUAAAGUUGAGGCUGAAAGCUACGAUCUAGUCACGAUUUACUUUAGCGAUAUUGUUGGGUUUACAUCCAUGUCAGCGGAAAGCACUCCUUUGCAAGUGGUAGAUUUUCUGAAUGAUCUGUACACUUGUUUUGAUUCGAUCAUUGGGCAUUACGACGUUUAUAAGGUCGAAACGAUAGGAGAUGCGUACAUGGUGGUAUCAGGUUUGCCAAUUCGGAACGGAUUGACUCAUGCUGCUGAGAUUGCUUCAAUGUCCUUGCAACUUUUGGACGCCGUCUCUGAAUUUAAAAUUCGACACAGACCAAACGAUCGUUUAUAUUUAAGAAUCGGAAUCCAUUCAGGGCCAGUGUGUGCUGGAGUUGUUGGGCUAAAAAUGCCUAGGUAUUGUCUUUUCGGAGAUACGGUCAACACUGCUUCUCGAAUGGAGUCUACGGGUCUACAGCUAAAGAUUCACUGUAGCUUGCAAACCAAAGAAAUCCUGGAUUCUCUCGGAGGAUAUCAUUUCGAAGAUCGAGGAUUUAUUCCUAUGAAGGGAAAGGGUGAGCAAAGAACUUUUUGGCUCGUUGGCGAAGAUCCUGAAGCGAGAGCCAAGCGUACUCAGGAGCGCGCAGAAAGACGUGGUUCACGAGCGCUGAAUAAAUAUCUUGGAAUGCUCAAACAGUCGAACAACAGCAACGGUGUUCGAAGCUCGCUCAAAACCCGUGCAGUGAUACCACGAAGCUCACUGCCACGUUCAUCUAGUCUAGAAUCACCUAAGAGAUUGCGAUUUGCCAGUGGAUCCAUGUUGGAACAACACAGAUAUCACCACUACAGCGAUGACGCCCUGAUGGAAGUAGUCUCUGACGCCAGUACGCGGAAAUCCGACAAUAGCCUAGCGGAAACCGAGGACUUCACCUCUUCUUGCCCUUGCAUCGAUAACCUUGGACUGAAUACCGAACGGUUCCUUGCACAAUCUUGCCCUACGGUUACAACGCCAUUGCUCACUAACACAGUUGCUACUUAACAAGUGGUUUUAAUACCUAUUAGAAUAAGAUUAACGACCAAUAAUGUCUUCAUGUUUGUAAAACCGGAAACUCUGUGUAUGAAUUGUAUCUAGUCAUUGCAACUGUAUCAACAGAUAUAUGUUCGAUUCGAUGUGAUAAAUGAAUGUUGUUACCUAUUAAAUGCAAAACAAAACAGGAUAUCAGGUUUCAUUGAUUAAAUGGUUAUCUAGUAAAUUUAAUUCUCUAGAAUACUAAUACAGAAUGAUACAGGAAUGAAAAACCCUGGUACAGAUCAAAAUGAAACGAAAUACGUUAAAACAGAGUGGAAUAAACUGAGUAUGGGUCUAAACGUACUUUAAUAAAAGAGAAAAAAAUUGCAUAAAUGUAAAA